CGAGCGACUCCACCCGACGGCUCCGAGCCUCAACCCCUUCCUUCUCGAGGAAAAAAAAAGACACCGUUUCUUUCCUCUGUUUCCUUUCUCAAUCAAAACGAAUCCUUUGUUUUCGAUUCUAGCUUGACAGCGGAGUGGCCAUGGCCGCUGUCUCGUUUUCGCAAUUACUUAACGGCGAGAGAGCGGUGGUUACGCUUUUUAUUGUCAUCGUCCUCUUCUCUCUCCCUCUUUCUCUUCUCUUACACGGCGUCGCUCUUUCUCUGCUCGCUCUCUUUGCUCUCUCCCUCGAGGUCCGUGUCGAGACAUCCACUUCCUUGUCUCAAUUCAAAACCAGGGCAGGUGCUUCGUCAGGGCUGCUAUUAGGUGCAGUUACAUUACCAACUUUUAUGCUUUCAAAAUUGAUACAGCAAUCAAGAGCCUUCUCAUUGCAUCAAGUUCAUCCUGGAGAACUUAAUUACCUGGCGAUGCAAUACUGGGCUGCAUUUGGUAGCUGCUUCACUGUGCUUACGGUGCUCUGCUUACUUACAUUGGACAAUACACGAAGCCGUUCAUGUCAGGCAUGGAAUGCUAAGUUUGGCCUAGUAUGUUUUGUGAUUGGUGCUGCCCUAUUAUUUUUGUGUAGUACUAUUGGUGUGCAUGCAAUAUUGAAACUUUUGUGGGUGUUUUUUCAUGGAUUCACAGCUGUUGAGUUGGUGCAGCAUCUCCUUAAUACCUUUCCUUCAUGCGUUUCCUUUGGGGAAGCACUUCUGGUGACUGUGGGUCUUGUACUCUACUUUGGUGACAUGUUGGCCCAUACCAUUGAAAAGAUUUAUGGAUACAUGACUUCAUCAGAAUUAGUCUUUAUGCAAUAUGGAUUUAGGAGAAGUGAGAUAGGCAUUAUCAUUCAGGGUCUACUUCUUGGCCUUCUCCUCUACAUAGUUGUCUUGAAAUAUUUGCUCUGUGGAUGGGAUAGCUUUUCAAGAUCAACCUACUUUGGAGCAAGGAUAUGUAGUGAGAAAGGGAAAUCUCUUAUAUUCUUUGCUUCCCUUGGUUUUUUGAUUGUUGUGAUCAUCCCUUCAUGGAUGCAGUUUGUACAGGAUUUUGACAUGCAUCCGCUGUUGUGGGUGGUUAGAUUUGUUUUUAUGGAACCAGUUAAAAGACUAUCACUCUGUCUCUAUUGGGUGUUUGUGAUAUAUCUUUCUGUUCUGCGAUUCUAUAACAUAUCCAAGAAUAGUAAGAUUGAGAGGAUUCUUCUUCGAAAGUACUACCAUCUAAUGGCUGUUUUAAUGUUUCUGCCUGCUGUUAUCUUACAGCCUAAGUUUCUUGAUCUGGCAUUUGGUGCAGCCUUGGCAGUUUUCUUGACUUUGGAAAUUAUUCGAGUUUGGAGAAUUUGGCCUUUGGGACAGCUUGUACAUGAAUUUAUGAAUGCUUUCACAGACCACCGUGACUCUGACCUCCUCAUUGUCAGCCACUUUUCACUUUUACUGGGAUGUGCACUUCCUAUCUGGAUGUCUUCUGGAUACAAUGAUCGACCCCUUGCUCCUUUUGCUGGAAUUUUGAGCCUUGGAAUUGGGGAUACAAUGGUGAGUGAGCUUAUUUCCAUGUUUCUUAUUGGUAACAAUUUGGUUUACAAGCAAUUUUAUAUAUAUAUGCUUCAUGUUUCUAGUCAAUUUGUAUCUCUUCAAGUUAUCAUUCAACACAUCCAACCAAUAAGUUACAAGCAUGCAUUUGCCUUCUAUAAAACUGAGUUGGUUAAUAAACAGGACAACAAUUGUAACCUUUAAAUAAGCUUUAUGAGGGGGUAUGAAGUAAUGAAAUGCGAUAGUUAUUCCACAUGGUUGCAAGCUGGAGAGGUUUGUGAUGCAUGUUUCAGUACCCUUUCUUGGAACUUUUGAUAAAAACUCUUCGGCCUUAAAGCAGUUUCUCAUUCCUAUUGAACUUGGUUUGCUAUUUUCAACCUUUCCCAUCCAAGCUGAUCCUUCUAGGCAAUUUGAAAGCAAAUCAGAUGUCAUUUUGAACAAAAGGUGGAUUUCCUUCAUGCAACUUUCUGUCCUGAAAGAAGGAAACUAGAUCUGGAGCUAGGUAGUAUCUUGCUUUAUGUUUCCUGUUUUAUGGGAAUUCAUUCUAAUGUACACUUAGCAAGUCAUAUGUUGUGCUGAGUUUCAGAUUUAUGGUUCAUUUUUAGGUUCUUGUUGUGAGUGAUAUUAUUCAUUUAUAAUAGCUGGACAAUAAAAGAUUAUUCACAUCGGAGGAUACGAGUGGCCCUUUGGCCACUGAGAUAGAGCUGUAUAUCAUAUAAAUAUCUGAUUCAAUGAACUUACGAUAUUUGUAGAAGCUUUUACCAGUGAAAUUCUAAUAUAAUUGUAUAUCUGGUGGAUGGAUAUGGAGUAUUAGAAUUUUUGGUAAUAUCAUAUGUAGGCCCUUGUUUAUGUCUGCCAUUAGAUUAUUCAUGUUUAUUGUUCACCAAUAGCCCUGCGUCAUUGAAAACUAAUAAGAUGG